GCAAUACACAUAGAGGUCAUGUCGUCAUGUCAUCUUUUAUCGACACACAAACAUCAAUCACAUCGUACGUACGUACGUACGCAUGCACGCCUGCCACUGCCCAGAGCUCCCAAUCACGGUGUGGCGGCGGGCUCUUGUGUCCUCCACAAGUGCCAAGCUUGGCGCCGGUGGCGUGCAGAGCUUGAAGGGAUGCACUGCACACCACCUUCGCCUCAGCGCAGGCAGGGCACAAGAGAAGACGCACACGUGCACCGGACAGAUAUGCGGAAGAUCGGAAAGCAUCUUCCUUCUCUAUCGCUACGGCUACAGCCCGGCCCAUUUCGUAUGAGCUGAGCUGAGCUGAGUCAGCCACCGACACACACGAAUCUCGAACCCAGCAGGCGGUACGUAGCAGCACUCGACAACGCCCGCAGCUCAAGGCAGUGACACCCACCCAUCCCUCUCUCCCUGUCUCCCUGUCUCCCUGUCUCUCUGUCUCUGCUACGUAUGCAUCAGCCAGGCUGUCCCACAAAGGGGGUGGCGGCCCACCGCGCCACCUCAUCCACCGACCCCGCAAACACCACCUCGGUCUUGCACUGCUCACACAGGUACUCCUCGGGCCGCAUCGGCAGCGGCUCCCUGGCCUCCUUGAUGCGCUCCUUGUUCUCCUCGGCCCGUCUCGCAUUCGCCGCCCUGAUGCGGGGGAGGCUCAGCUGCCAUGCGGCCCUGCGGUCGGCGUAGCACUUGGUGCAGAUGUGCAUGUGUCUGCAGGGGAUGUACAUGACCGACGCAGGGCCGUGCUCGCCGAAACAGAUGGUGCAGUCGGCUGUGGCAGACGGAGGGGACACAGACGGGGCCGCGCUACUGGAUGAUGAGGGCGAGGGCUGCUGGUGCUGCUGGUGCUGUAGUUGCGCCAGCCUGGGGACCGGGGCGGGCACAGACAGACACAGACAGCAGCAUCAUGAUGUACACAUGCAUCGAUGUGGGUUCUCCUGUCGCUCACUUCCACUUGGUCUGUUGCAGCUGGCGCAUGAGGCCCUCCUCCUUCUCCUUGGCGUCUCUGGCAUCCCGCUCCUUCUGCUCGAGCUGCCUCCGGAGGUCAUUCACCAGCCGAGCGCUGGCACAGGAAUGGGCCAUGCCUAGUCGCCCGAUAGCCGGUGCCGCCGGUCGUGUGGGGGGAGGUGGAGGGGGGAAUGAGGGAGGGGGCGGGAGCGGCAGAUUCCCGCUGCUGCUACUGCUGUUGCUGCUGGUGCUCGUGCCGGACAUCGAUGAGGCAGCCGGCACACCGGGGCCGGUCGGACGAGCCGGUCGAGGGUCUACUGCAGACGAUCUGAAGGAAGGGUGGAGACGCAAAACUGUGUGCGUGUUUCACACAUGAGCCACGCACGGCCCUUUGUUCCGCCACUCACAGUGGUAGGUUUGACGAUGGCGAUGAUACUUGUACUGGUGGCAUGGCAGCCGUAGGGACGAGGGGAGGCGCACCACUGACGCAUCCACAGGAGACACACGCACGCACAAGCUGUCUCUCUACCGGCAUACACCAGUGUGUAUCAAUUCUACGUAUGUACCGGUGUAUGUGUGAGUCGACAAGUCCGCGAGCAGAGAGCCCUUGGGGACCAGGAUGCCCGCCACACGACGACGGCAGAGGACGACCAUCACGACUGAACACACACAGACACUCAUAUGCAUCGGCGCAUGCCUGCCUGUCUGUCUGUCUGUCUGUCUAAGACGUCUGCAUACGUACCCGAGUGGCGACUGUGGUGGGAUGGUCGGCUGCUGGGCGUGUGUCUUGUGUUUCUUCUUGUGCUUGCGAUGGACCGGUAUGAACUCUGAACCUCCGUCACUAUCAUCGCCAUCGCCGUGGCCGAGCGGGUCAGCUGGCGGGCUUGCAGAAGAGCUACUAGACACAGAUGGACCCGAUGGCCCCCUACAGAUCAGAUCGAUAGAGGCACACACACAGACAUUAGCCAACGCCGCCUGGAGACGGACAGUCGUGUCAUGUGCUCACAGGAAAGGGUCGAUGGACGAGGUGGGCCGCUCUUCAGCGUCACUAGUACUGACGGCCCCAGUGGACAUCCUGAAGAUAUGACAGACAGACAGACGGACAGACAGACACAACCAAUGCAACCUACCGGCCAUAAGUGAAUGCCUUCUGGCCUGCCUGUGUGCCCCACCCACCCAACCUGGUGUCUGGAGCGGUUGACGACACCGACGGCUCCCUCUCCCCAUCCCCCUCACCCAGACCGUCGGCCUCACCGUCCCUUCCGUCAGACGACAAAUCGACUGAUUGCUGCCGCUGCUUGUGGUUGCCCGCCUUGCACUUCCCGCCGCCCUUCUUGCUUGCUCUUCUCUCCUUUUCCCUCUCCCUCGCCUCCUCGGCAAUCAGCCUCUCGGCCAGCUUGGCGGCCGCUCUCUCUGCCUUCUCGCUCGGCUGUCGCUGCUGCUGCUGCUGCUGCGGCUGCUGUGGCGAGGUCUGCAUCUCCCGCUGGACGAUGCGUAUGAAUCGGGCUCCGCUCCGGACCCGUAGAUCCUUGGUGUUCAUCUGCCUGAUCGCCGACUCCUGCUGCUGUGUCGACCCCAAAUGCCGCAGGAGCACGCGGACGACCUCCUUGCGCCUCUCGGAGUCGGUGCAUCCCUCGUCCUCCGGACGGUCGGGCCGAGACAAAGGAGGGAUGGCCGCCAAAUCCAGCGGUGAGAGCGUGUCGACCACCGGCGCAGAGGUGAUGUGCGCCACGGGCAGCCUCUCACACAACCACUCCACCAUGUGAACCGCACCUGGCAGGCAGGCAGGCAGGCAGGCAACACAGGGCCACGUAUCGGGCCAGCCAGCCACUUGCAUGCCACAGUAAGUUCCGCGUACCAUGCCAGACAGCAUAAGUGAGGGGGGUGUUGCCGCUCUUGUUCGGGUCGAUGAGAGAGGCACCGUGGGCCGACAGCAGAUCCAGGUAGCGACGGCAGAACUCUCGCGACAUCUCUCCGAACGGCCACGGGGCCCACUGGAUGGGGGUCUUCUUGGACCCCGGAGCCUCCUCGGUGGCAAGGGCUGGUUCGUGCUGCAGGAGGGUGUCAAAGAUGGCCAGCAUGUGGUUCUGGUACUGCGGGCUGGGGCGGGCUGGGAGGGUCGUUGGUCGAGGGCACAGCAAGGGGCCGUUGAACCCCGUAUCGCCGAGUCGGACACCCACACCAUGACGUAAGAGCACCUCCAAAGCCGUCACGUUGGCGAAGUAGAGGGCCGCCCCGAGGGCUUCCUUCCCCUGGCUGGUGACUGCGGCUCCGCCUGCUAUGAGGGCCUCCAGCACGGCCGCCUGGAUCUCUCGGGACGGCCAGUUAGACAGACAGCUGUGCACUACUUGAACACCUUCGGGGCUGAAGUCGCUGUUGGUGGGGUUGUCCACCGCCCAUGCCAGCUGCGCGAGUGACAGCAGGGAGAUAAGGAGUCGACAUGAACCACACUACAACAAUGAAUACAUCGUCGGUAUCGUUUCAUUCUUACCAAGGGGAUGGUGCAUGCAAAACUGGCCCGGUGGUUGACGCCACGCACUACGGCUGCCGCAUCGGCAUCUGCUCCGCCGUCGACGAGCGCCCCGACCUCAUCGGCCGCGGCGCACGUGAGGCUGCGGGUCAAGAUCCGAUCAGCCAGCUGUCUGCUGAUGGGAGUGUCGCCAUCCUUGCCCUCGACCCUCACGAGGGUGAACGACCCAUGGCACCGCUCCUCACCGUCACCCUCUUGCCGCUCCUCCUCCAUCUGCAACACGCACACACACACAACUGAGAACGUAAGCGACUUGUGAUGCGUGACGGACCUGACUAGCAGGUCUUUCCUCAGGCGGCUGCGAAGAUGUGGCCGACAU